UCUUUGAUUUUUUUAAAAAAAGAAUUUGGAUGUUUAGACUGUCAUGCAGAGCCAAAUCACAUGACUACGGCCAACAAAGCUAUGUUUGUAUUGUAGUACUAAACAAAUAAUCAACAGAACACAAUUAAUGACUACUCUGAUCUAUAGCACAACAAAAGUACAUAACCUCUGUGUGUGUGUGUGUGUGAUAAAAAGAAUUCAAACUUUACUAGUAACUUUGAUUCAUCCAUUUUCAUCACCGGAAAUGGAAAACAAUGUGCAAUUCGUCGUGGGAAUUUUUGGUAACGCCUUCGCGUUGUUCCUGUUCUUGGCGCCGGCGAUAACAUUCAAAAGAAUCAUCAAGAAAAGAGAUACAGAAAAGUUUUCCGGAGUUCCUUAUGUAAUGACUCUGCUCAACACUUUGAUUUCCUCAUGGUAUGGUUUGCCAUUCGUAUCACCGCAUAACUUGUUAGUUGCAACGGUCAACGGGGCUGGUGCUGCAAUUGAGUUAUUCUACGUGUUGACUUUCUUGUGUUUUGCACCAAAGAAGGAGAAAUUGAAGAUCUUUGGUCUUGUUGUUCUAGCUCUUACUGUAUUUGGAGCUGAUGUUUUCAUUUCAAUAUUUGCUUUAGAGGGUGAAAAGAGGAAGCUCUUUUGUGGGUUAGCUGCGACGAUUUUCUCCAUCAUUAUGUAUGCUUCGCCUUUGACGAUUAUAAGGUUGGUGAUCAAGACCAAAAGCGUGGAGUUCAUGCCGUUUUUCCUGUCACUGUUUGUGUUCUUGGCAGGGACUUCAUGGCUGGUGUUUGGGAUUCUUGGGAAGGAUCCUUUUGUGGCUAUUCCAAGCGCAUUCGGUUGCGGAUUUGGAGCUGUGCAGCUUAUGUUGUAUGCCAUUUAUCAUGACAACAAAAGAGGAGGUGCUUCUGAAUCCAUAGAGUUGAAAGAUGAUGAUCUGAAAAACGAUGACAAGCCUCAUCAAUUUGUAGAGAAGGAAAUAGAUGUUGGGAUUGAACGAGUGUAGAGAUAUAGACAUUGAAAAUAAAAUCACCACAUUAUACUCUUAACGAGUGUAUUUUGUGUAUGAGACACUAAUUUCAUUGGACGAUCUCUCAAUCACUUUUUCAGCAUAAUUAAUCAGUUGUAACUUAUGUCCUUUUUAUCC